AAACCUACUAGGUUUCUGCUUUGUAACUUCUCCGUCGCUGCAGUAGAGGGAAGAAAAGUGAGGAGACGAUGAAGACGAUCCUUUCUUCCGAGACGAUGGACAUUCCAGACGGCGUUGGCGUCAAGGUCAAUGCCAAGGUGAUCGAAGUGGAAGGACCAAGAGGCAAGCUCGUUCGCGACUUCAAGCAUCUCAACCUCGAUUUCCAGCUCAUCAAGGACGCAGAGACCGGCAAAAGGAAGCUCAAGAUCGACUCGUGGUUCGGUUCGCGCAAAUCGAGCGCCUCCAUUAGAACCGCUCUUAGCCACGUGGAUAACCUCAUAACCGGUGUUACGAGAGGUUUCCGGUACAAGAUGAGGUUCGUGUAUGCUCAUUUUCCCAUUAACGCUUCCAUCGGGGGUGAUAGCAAGUCCAUCGAGAUCCGUAACUUCCUUGGCGAGAAGAAGGUGAGGAAGGUAGAGAUGUUGGAUGGUGUAACCAUUGUUCGGUCGGAGAAAGUUAAGGAUGAGAUUGUUCUUGAUGGUAAUGACAUUGAGCUUGUCUCAAGGUCAUGCGCUCUUAUCAACCAGAAAUGUCACGUGAAGAAAAAGGAUAUCAGGAAGUUCCUUGAUGGUAUCUAUGCUAGCGAAAAGAGCAAGAUCGUUGAAGAGGAAUAGACAUAUUCUCGCUUUUUUUUUUUUUUUCUCGCUUUCUUUUUACAUCUUUUGUAUGUUUCCUAUAAUUUUGCGUACCAAAGUCCCUUCGGUGUUGCAGCAAAACCCAGCUAUCCCUUGUUAUUGUUACCUUUUGUAUGAGAUAAUAUUUACGUCGACCCAAA